UGUCACCAAAGAUGGCGAUUUGCUGAGUGCUCAUGGAUACACACAUUUGUCGGCUAGUUGCUAUCUUACCCGAAACGCCAACUUUAAAAACAAAUUAACUGCUUAGCGAGCAACUAUAUCUCCCUCUGAAGCACAUCUGACACAACGUCAACCACCGCUACCAUGCAGAUCACGCUUAAAACACUGCAGCAGCAGACUAUUCAAAUUGAGAUAGACCCCGAACAAACGGUGAAGGCUUUGAAAGAGAAGAUAGAAGCGGAAAGAGGCAAAGACAACUUUCCUGUAUCUGGACAGAAGCUGAUAUAUGCUGGAAAAAUCCUGCAAGAUGACACACCUAUUAAGGAAUACAAAAUUGAUGAGAAGAAUUUUGUUGUAGUGAUGGUGUCCAAGGCUAAGCCUGCAGCUGCCACCUCGCCCCCAGUCUCAGAAGCACCCAAACCUCCUGUACAGGACUCUGGUUCCACGUCUACAGCUGUCCCAGCCACAACCCCGACCCCAGCCCCGGCCCCAGCCCCAGCCCCAACUCCAACCCCAGCAGCUGUCCCCAUUCCCCCCGAGGAGGCCAAAGAAGAGCCAAGUGCCGCAGCCACAGAACCACAACAACCAGCCAGCUCCAGUGGCGGGAGCCAGGGCUUGGAUGCUUCCUCAGCACUGGUGACCGGGGCUGAGUAUGAGGCGAUGCUGACGGAGAUCAUGUCUAUGGGCUACGAAAGGGAGCGAGUGGUGGCUGCACUAAGGGCCAGUUUCAACAACCCCCACAGAGCUGUAGAAUACCUUCUCACUGGUAUCCCCAGCAGCCCAGUCCAGGAGAGUAAUCCACCAGCGCAGGCCCCUGCGUCUGGACCCACAGAAGCCCCAUCUCUAGCAGAGGGAGAUAACCCACUUGCAUUCCUGCGGACCCAGCCCCAGUUUCUGCACAUGAGACAGGCCAUCCAGCAGAACCCUUCUCUGCUACCAGCUCUUCUCCAGCAGCUAGGCAGGGAGAACCCUCAACUUCUACAGCAAAUCAGUCAGCAUCAGGAGCUAUUUAUCCAGAUGUUGAACGAGCCGGUGGGAGAGGGGGGAGAUGCACCAGAGGUUGGAGAGAUGGGGGCAGCAGGGGAGGAGGGUGCACCUGUCAAUUACAUCCAGGUUACACCUCAGGAGAAGGAAGCCAUCGAAAGGUUAAAAGCGUUGGGUUUCCCUGAGGCUCUGGUGAUCCAGGCCUACUUUGCCUGCGAGAAGAACGAGAACCUGGCAGCCAACUUUCUCCUCAACCAGGGACUGGAGGAUGACUGAACACAGAUCACUGCCUUCCUGCUCCUCCCUCCUACCCUUCCCCUCUUCGGCUCAGCAUAAAGACUGCACCCCCCAAUUUUACUGUACAGCUACCAACCUCAGCUCAACCCAACAGGAGGGGAGGAGAGGGGAGAGCCAGCAG